AUGUGCCUCCCGUGCGCUCCAGAGGAAGGGCUGGCCCAGCCCGUGGUUCUGGCCCAGCCCGUGGUUCUGGCCCAGCCCGUGGUUCUGCUGCACACACAGGACCGGGCUCUGGAGCGGCUGCAUACAUGCCCCGUACCUGCAGACGUCAGCGUCCCCGCUCUCCCAGGAUCCUCUCCCGGGAGCAGCGAGCCGAGUCAGCGGGACGGGAUGGAAGUGGGAGAGCGUCCCCCUCGCUUCGGGAAACGCUCUCCAGGUCAGACGGACGGACAGCGGCGCGGACAGACGGACACUAACAUGGGACGGGCGACGCUCCUGGUGACGGCGCUCAUCCUGGGGCUGGCCCCCCCCGCGCGGGGCGCCCCCAGCCAGUGCCCCGGCCCCUGCCACUGCCACGGCGACCUGCAGCACGUCAUCUGCGACGGCGUGGGCCUCCAGCGCGUCCCGCGCGUCUCGGAGGCGACGCAGCUGCUCAACAUGCAGCGCAACAACCUGGGCGGCCUGCCGCGCGGCUCCUUCGGCGACAUGAAGGGCCUGGUCUCCCUCCACCUGCAGCACUGCCGGCUGCGCGAGAUCGCCGGCCAGGCCUUCCGGGGCCUGAAGAAGCUCGUCUACCUCUACCUGUCGCACAACGAGAUCGCCGCCGUCAAGCCCGGCGCCUUCGAGGACCUGACCGAGCUCACCUACCUCUACCUGGACGACAACCGCAUCGGCGAGCUGGCCAAGGGCAUCUUCUCGCCCAUGAUCAACCUGUUCGUCCUGCAGCUCGACGACAACCGCAUCCGGGAGCUGCGGGCGGGCACCUUCGCCGGCGCCACGGACCUGCGCUGGCUGCACCUGAGCGGGAACGAGAUGAGCGCCCUGCAGCCCGGCUCGCUGGACGAGGUGGAGAACCUGGCCGUGGUCCGCCUGGACCGGAACCGGCUCAGCGCCUACCCGGCGGCCGCCAUGAGCAAGCUGAGGGUGGUGGAGGAGCUGGUGCUCUCCAGGAACCCCAUGAAGACCAUCCCCGACCACGCCUUCCAGAGCUUCGGCCGCUACAUGGAGAAGCUGCACCUGGACAACAUGGGCUUGGAGAAGUUUUCGGACGGCGCCUUCAUCGGCGUGACGGCUCUGAAGUCCCUGCACUUGGAGAACAACCGGCUGAGGAGCCUGCCCCGGAGUCUGGAGCUGAGCUCCCUGCAGAACAUCACCAUCUCCGGCAACCCCUGGACCUGCAACUGCAUGCUGGCCCCACUGCGCAGGUGGAUGGAUUCUGGCCGACACCGGCCCGAUGGGAUCUGCUCUGCCCCGUCCCAGCAGAAGGGGAAACAGGUCCGGGACAGCUCCGCCUUCAGCAGCUGCCGGGUCAAGCCCAACAGAACCAGGAAGGGAACGCGCCAUUGAGCAGCAGGGGCUGGGGAAGAUGGUCCUGGUGACCAGCUAACGUGUGCGGAGGAAGGAAACAAAGCUAACUGCUACUCAAACACUGUCCGUCCCAAUCUCCACCUCUCUCUUACACACAGACACACACAGCCAUGCACGCACACAGAUACACGCACCCACACAC